UUGAGCCAACUGCCUCUUCAGGAUGAGCUGGAGUUUCCUGACGCGGCUCCUGGAGGAGAUCAACAACCACUCAACCUUUGUGGGGAAGAUCUGGCUGACUGUCCUCAUUGUCUUCCGCAUCGUGCUGACAGCCGUGGGGGGCGAGUCCAUCUAUUACGAUGAGCAGAGCAAGUUUGUCUGCAACACGCAGCAGCCUGGCUGCGAGAACGUCUGCUACGAUGCCUUUGCCCCACUCUCCCAUGUCCGCUUCUGGGUCUUCCAGAUCAUCAUGGUAGCCACACCAUCGGUCCUCUACCUGGGCUUUGCCAUGCACCGCAUUGCCCGCAUGCCUGAGUCCUCACGGCGCCAGGCACCAGCAGCCCGGCGGGCACGCAUGCCAGUGGUGCGCCGAGGAGCCGGGAGGGACUACGAGGAGGCGGAGGAUGAUAAUGAAGAAGACCCCAUGAUCUUUGAAGAGAUCGAGGUAGAGAAGGAGAAGAGCCCUGAGGGUGGAGAGAAGCAUGACGGCCGGCGCCGCAUCAAGCAGGACGGGCUGAUGCGUGCCUACGUCCUGCACUUGCUGUGCCGCUCGUUGCUGGAGAUGGCUUUCCUCUUCGGGCAGUACCUGCUUUACCGCUUUGAGGUGAGGCCCUCCUAUGUCUGCAACCGCAGCCCCUGCCCGCACAUUGUCGACUGCUUUGUCUCUCGCCCAACAGAGAAGACCAUCUUCCUCCUCAUUAUGUAUGCUGUCAGUGGGCUCUGCCUCUUCCUCAACCUCUGCGAGCUCAUGCACCUUGGCGUGGGGCGCAUCCGGGAUGCCCUGAGCCGGUCCGACAGUCCCCCGCUCCCAGCUGGUGGCAGCCCUGCACCGCAGUACCCCAAGAAAGCUCCCAGUGCACCCCCUACCUACCACUCGCUGAAGAAGGAGCCUCCGCAAGCACCACUGCCCAAUGGCAAGCUGGACUACCGAGAGAGUCUAGCACCAGCAGCAGGGCACUUCACCCUGGCCAGGGCUCCCCCAGUGCAUGAGCUGGACCGGCUACGUGAGCACCUGCGCCUGGCCCAGGAGCAUCUGGAGGUGGCCUUCCACCUCCAGCCCCCGCCACGGCCCCUGAGUCCUGCCCGCAGCAGCAGCCCUGAGGCCAAUGGCAUCGCCGCUGAGCAAAACCGCCUCAACUUUGCCCAUGAGAAGGGGACCACUGCCUGCGACAGGACCACAGGGCUGUAA